UCUCUCUCUCUCUCUCUCUCUCUCCAAAAUUCACAUACAUACCUCCACAUUAAUCUAGACUCAAAUUAAUUACGCCAAUUGUGAGAAUCACCUGAGGAAAAUCGUUCCGCUAAUCCUUCUUAAUUCGUUUGAGUACUACGAAAUUCAAACGAAGAAUUAGGAUUUGUGGAAAAUAGGAAUUCAGUCGAGUUUUGUACCGAAUCGUGUAUAUAUAUUCAGAUUCGAUGACCCUUGAGAAACUAACGCAGAUAUUGAUGGCGGCGGAAGAAGUCAUCGGCGGUGGCGGCGGUGGUGGUGGGGAGUCGGUGCCCGCGUCACCGAGGAAUAAGGUGAAGUUGUUGUGUAGCCACGGCGGGAAGAUAUUGCCUAGGUCCGCCGACGGUCAUCUCAAGUACGUCGGCGGUGAGACUCGCAUCGUUUCUUUCCCUCGUGACAUUAAUUUCUCCGACCUAAUGAAAAAGCUUGCAAGUGUAUGCAACGGCGACAUCAUCCUCAAGUAUCAAAUAAUCCCUGAAGAUCUCGACGCCCUAGUCUCAGUGAAAACCGAGGAGGAUCUCCGCCAUAUGCUCGACGAGCAUGACCGAUAUGAAAGCAUGGGGAACCCAAUGCUUAGAGCCUUCCUCUUCCCAGCUAACCCAGUUGUAACAGAGAACUGGAUGAUGACCUCCACCGAACACCAAGCAAUCGAGCAACGAUACAUCGAUGCCGUCAACGGCAUAAUCCGAUCAACAACCACGGUGACCACUGCCAUUAAACACCAUGUCACCACUGGAAAACCCCUUUCGCCUACCGGAGUUUCCUCAACCAGCUCCUCUCCAAAGUCUCCUGAGAGCUGCAACAUAGAAACUGUUUUCCAGAAAAGUCGACAACUCCAUAUCCAUCGGGUCCACAGCUCACCCAGCAUAUCUAGUCUCAGUGGCCAAAACCACCACAGCCCUACUACUGCUCCCAUGCCCCACAACCAGCAGCACAACCAGAAUUACCAGAAACUCCAACGCCAUGGGUAUCUAUCUCCUAGAUCACAAACACCGGAGAGGCUGGUUUCGGUUAGGUCCGUUGGGAGAGAAGACUCCUGGAAGUACCAAGUGAUUCCCGGACCACCGGGAAACUAUUACCCGGUGGCAAUAGCCAGACACACAAGGGGAAGUGGGUGCUACUGCAGCAAAUGCAUGCACUUCGAUGAAUAUGGUGCUUAUAAGAAUAGAAAGAUUGCUAGAGCAGGUAGCCCCUUUAGAAGUCCCCCUCUUCCCAGAAGCCCGUCGUGAUUCUCAUGAAGGCUCCGUAGUCGGUUCUACGGGGAGACCUAACUUGGCUUUAACUGGAGGAAUACUGAUUCGGAUGACUUAAUUUUUCACUUACUGUAAAUACUUGAGACCUUUGAUUUGUGGGUUUAUGAGACUGUUUGAUGUAACAGUAUUAGGUGAAGGUCAUCACUUUGAAGAAGAAUCAGAAUUGCACUGUAUAUAUAGCUAACAAACAUUCUGUGAAGGAAACUGUAAAGUUUCUGUGAUCAUUGAGAAAUAACACAGGGUUCCAUAGA